AUAUAUAUAUGAUAGGUUGGGAAGGAAAACGGGUAUCCAUGCUUGUUUGAAAAGGAGGUGCGAUAACCGAAGCAAGGGGUAUAUAUAUAUAUAUAUAUAGAAGAUAGGUUGGUGAAGAAAACGGGUGUCCAUGCUUGUUUGAAAAGGAGAAGGUGUAAUAACCAAAGCAAGAGGUAAGGGUGGUGAAAAUUAGAAAGUGGAUUCAAAGCGAGGGAAGAGGGCCCUUUGUUCCGAUGAAUCGGAGGAUGAAAAUCCGUUCCCGAUCUACUCAGCUAGAUCUGAACAUGAUAUGUCAGCCAUGGUUUGUGCGUUAGGUGAAGUGAUAAGGAGUGGGAGUGGGAGUAGCAGAAGCCCGACAGUAGUAGAAGCAGAAUAUAAUUGGCCACAAUCGCAAUCGCAGCAACCAGAUCAUGAAGAACAAGUGAAAAGAGAAAGUCGACAUUAUCGAGGAGUAAGACAGAGACCGUGGGGAAAAUGGGCAGCUGAGAUUCGUGAUCCAAAAAAGGCAGCAAGAGUGUGGCUAGGCACCUUCGACACUGCUGAGGCUGCGGCACUUGCUUACGAUGAAGCUGCCCUAAGAUUCAAAGGGACAAAAGCCAAGCUCAACUUCCCUGAGAGACUCACCACUCCACCUUCCUAUGCCUAUCAUCAUCCCACCUAUAUGCUCAAUCUCCACUCCUCAACUUCUCAUCAUCCUCACGAUCCUUCUCAUCAUCACCAUCACAAAAAUUAAGCCACCGCCUGCAACUAUUUAAAUUAUGAUAUAUAUCCUUCUCUUCUCCUCAACUAUAAGUUAGUUCAUUAUUCACAACGUCGAGAGAGAGAGAGAACAAGCGUCGUUUUACAUUUACAUAUACUUUUGUAACUUAAUGCGUCCAUGUUAAAUAAUAUACUACAUAAUAUAUGUCAUGUAAUUGUACGCUUAUAUUGCUUUUAUGUUGCACUUUUCUAAUAACAAUUAAACUUAAGUUACGUUGAA